UCUGCACCUUCGUCAUCAUCAUCAUCGUCAACAGUGUGUGUGCGCGCGCGCGUGUUGAUGAUCGUCACGUGACAUGCCGUGAUCAGAUCAUGCGUCCGUUGAUAACAUGCGUGUGCACGUGCAACUAAUACAUGCCAUGACGUCAGCAUGCUUCCACUUCCUGUUGUGGCUCUCCACCGCAGCCGCCGCGGCCCCGCUCGACCGCUGUCCCCGCCCUGACGUCCGUGCAGUCGCCCCCCCCCCCCCCCCCCUCCCCCGCCAGCCCGGCUGACCGCCGAGGGAGACACUCCGUGGACACUUUGCAUGCCGGGCGUCUGGCCCCGCCCCUGACAUGUCUGACGGAUGCUACACUAGGUAACGUCGCGCAAACGAAGCACUUCCUGUGAUGUGACCGCGUGCCCUGCAUGUGUCUUGUAGAAAGCGCUGAGUCAUGUCUGUCAACCUCGAGGAGAGCGACGGCGUGUUUGACCCCAUCCCUGAGACGGAGUUGCUGGACAACAGCAUCCAGAAGGGGCGGGCCCAGCUGUCCGUCAAGGCGCGCAGACAGCGGCCAUCCCGCUCCCGUUACCGUGACAGCGUGAGCUCCACAGAGGGGGACGACGGCGUGGACAGGAAGGAGGACGCCACGACUCACUCCGCCCAUUCACCGCUGCGCUUGACAAUGCGAGGCACCUCCCCUUCUCCCGAUUCGCUGCUGUCUGCGCGGAGCUCCGCCUUCUUAUUUGACAUGUCACUGGUGGGCCAAUCGCAGGUGCGUCGCUCCCCUGAAGAUGUAGGCCUGUCAUUGGCCGCCACUCCCAGGAGGCGGUACCGCCAACUGACCAACGCUACGUCUCAAGAAGCUCUGGCGACGCCCACCAGCUCGCCAUCCAAGUCGUGCCCCUCCUCCGAUGUCUCGCCAGUUUACACCAGGAGGAGCAGAAGGCCCGACAGCGAAGUUCUUGUAUCAGACCCGAGUCGAGACUCAAGUCCGGCUGACCCUGGCAGUCCUCCAGUCUUGGACAAGAAGACCAAAAGACGCUUCCUGGAUUUGGGCGUCACUCUGAGGCGGUCCUACCUGCGAGUAAAGAAGGACAAAAGCGAGCGACUCUCGACGGGCAGCAGGGAGACGUGCGAGAGUCCGUCUCGGGCUUCAGCAUCCUUCGUGUCCUUCUCCUGGUUCUCGGAGGGUCGGGGGUCCCUGUCCUCCUCCGGAACGCCGCCCUGCUCCCCCCAGAUUCCACCGGCGGGCUCAGGAAGACCCGGCAGGUCCUCGUCGCAGGAGUCGGCGCUCAGUGAGGAAUUCUCUCCUCCGCAGAUGUCCCCCUCCGCUUGUCCUCACCUGGACGUGUCCUGCACCCUGUCCUCGCACCCGUACCACACCCUGUCCCAGUCUUCUGACGAGCCCGGCGACGAGACGUCUUCCCAGGUGUCUUCCUGGACGACUCAGCAGGUGUGUGAUUGGCUGGGGGACGUGGGCAUGGAACGCUACGUCCCAGAAUUCCGAGCGGCGGACGUGGACGGACAACAGCUGCUCCAGUUGGACGGCAGCAAGUUGAAGGGUCUGGGCGUGCUCAGUUCGUCGGACCGCGGCGCUCUGAAGCGGCGGCUGAAAGGCUGGCAGGCGGCGGCGGAGAAGGAACGCAAGGCGCUGAACAAAAUGGAGAAACAGAAGGAGAAGCAGCGCAGGAAGGAGCAAGAGCAGCGCAGGAGCUGAACGCCCAAAUAUGGUCAGUCAUGGCUAGUGAAGACACCCAUUUUAACACAGUGGGAGAACAUUUAUUGUCAUGUCGUCGACUUGAAAUAAAAGGCUCUUAUUGUGAAAGAA